AAGAAUCAAAAUGGUUGUAAACUUGUAAACGGAUUCAAGUAUUAUUUCAGUUAAAAAAUUAAAAUGAACUUUGUAACAGUACUCGCCGACGUUUUUCAGCAUGGGCGGUUUACAUCAAGGAAAUCGGUUUUUCGGUUUUUUUAACGGUUUGAGUCCACCCACUUGUAUUGCGCUGUCAGUGUGCCUCGAUGCAUCAAUCGACAACACACAACAAUUUUUAUUUAUUUCAAUUUUGGCGCAUGUACGGUAGAUCAGAUCAACUAGAAUUGUGUUUGUUUGACUGUUAAUUUCGGUGCAUUUAUCAAAACCGCCGGAUACUUCGUUAUCGUGAUUUAUGUUUAAUUCUGAAUACAGCAGCGCAGCGGCUAAACGUACUGUGUAGAAGAAUUAGUGGAUGUGGACUGCUCGAUCCAGUUCAGGAUACCACCUACCUAUGAAACAUGGUUCUCGGGAAGCAUUUUAAAAUUUACCAUAAACCAGCCGACCAGCAGCGACCAUUUACCGUUGUGGUAGAAAAUCGCGACAUCAAAUCCGAAGCUCUGUACUUUGAAUCCGGAGUCGCAACUACGCUCAGUUACGAAGAUUUUGAGCACCUGAAACCAUUAUACGCCAAAAUAUGUGAUGCUUAUGCUUUAUUGGGAGUGCUGACAUACAACGCAGGGCAUCACAGAAUCCUGUACCUCGUGGUGGUUAGCAGCUGCGUUUCCAUUGGGAAGCUCUCAUUAAAUUCAAGUGCCGAUAGCGAAAUCCUGCGUAUCGCCGGAGUGACGGUGAUAUCUUUGCGCAACGAUCCCGGCGAUGAAGAGCGUUUAGUGGAGUUUGUUAAGCUGCUCAGUUCGGGCAUCUUUUACUUCGCUGUCUCCCUGACGCCCAACGCUGCUCCCCUCGAUCUCACUGUAUGCUGCCAACGGGCCACACUGGGUGCACCCACGGAUAAUCGAUUUUUCUGGAACCGGGGGCUGCAUUUGUACGUGCAGAGCUUCGGGAUUUCCUGUGACAAAUGGCUGGUCAAAAUUAUCUGCGGCGGUGUGGAAAUCAAGACACUGUAUGUUGCCCAGUAUCAGGCCAGAGUGGGCAUGAUCUCCCGGUUCAAUUCCUACCGUGCGGGAACACGAUUUCAAGUGCGCGGCGCCAACGACGACGGAAAUGUGGCUAAUUUCGUCGAAACCGAACAGAUUGUUUGCAUCGGCGAUCAGAUAACGUCUUAUGUGCAGAUUCGAGGUUCAGUGCCUCUUUUCUGGGAACAGACCGGCGUGCAGGUUGGAGCCCAUAAGAUUUCUUAUUCAAGGAGCUAUGAGACGAUGAGUGCAGCAUUCGAUCGCCAUUUGAUUAUGCUGAAGCGAGAGUACGGGGAUCAGAUUCUGCUGAAUCUUCUUGGGAGUAAAGAGGGAGAGAAGGGCCUCACAGAAAAAUUUCGGGAAAACUUCGAAGGGUCGGCAUAUCGUUCUGGAAUGUUAUACAUUCAUUACGAUUAUCACGCGAAUGUUCGAGGUGGCCGACCAGACGCUUUAAUCAAAGAGCUGAAGGAUCAAGUGAUGGACAAAUUGUUGGAAUUUGGAUUCUUUCAUGCCAGUCAGGACGGCAUCAAAAGACAACAGAAUGGUGCGGCUCGGACAAAUUGCCUAGAUUGUCUGGACCGCACAAAUGCUGUGCAGACGUUUUUGGGAUUACUGGUGCUACAGGAGCAGAUGCAGGCCUUGGGUAUUUCCGAUAAGCCGCAGGUUGUGUCACGAUUUGAGCAGCUAUUUGCCCAGUUAUGGCAGCAGAACGGCGAUCAUGUUAGCCGAAUUUAUGCGGGUACCAGUGCCUUGGAGGGCAAGUCGAAGAUAAAAGAUGGAGCGCGUUCGGUUAGUCGUACAGUGCAGAACAAUCUAUUCGACACGAGCAAAAAGGAAGCCAUGGAUAUCUUAUUGGCGGGAGCGCUGUUGAAUUCUGAUUUCUCCGAUCGCGCUCGAACGGUCCUACCGUUUAAUCUACGUCAAGUGCCUGCGUUCUUACUGAAUUCCUUGUUUAAUCGUGCCGCUGAAUACACGCAUACAAUACCGUUGACAUUUUGGGUGGGAACGUGGAAUGUUAACGGAGGAAAGAGCAUCAAAGCAGCAGUCGCUCAGGGCAAUAAGGAACGUCCUAUAGAUGAUUGGAUUUUGGAUUGUGCUAAAAUUUCCCAGGAAACCAAGACAAAUUAUCUGCGCUCUAGCUGGGAUCCACAAAAACCUGUUGAUAUUUUUGCCAUUGGGUUUGAAGAGAUUGUUGAUUUAAAUGCUUCCAACAUUAUGGCGGCAAGUACCGUUAACCAGCGACAAUGGUUCAUUGAUAUUUCAGCCGUGCUGAAGAAAGUUGGACAUUAUGUUCUGGUGCAGUCGGUUCAGUUGGUGGGAGUAUGCUUGUUCGUUUUCAUCCGUGCAGAACACGUUCCUCAUUUAAGAGAUGUAGCUACCGCCAUGGUGAAAACUGGCAUGGGCGGCGUAACCGGAAAUAAGGGUGGAGUGGCAAUUCGAUUUCAGCUAUAUAACUCUUCGAUAUGCUUCUGUUGCUCCCAUUUUGCUGCUGGUCAGUCAAAUGUCAACGAGAGGAAUGCUGAUUUUCUGGAAAUAAGCAAUAAGCUGGUCUUCCCUGCGGAACUCAAUCCGCAUUCGCACGAUUUCGUGUUCUGGUGUGGUGAUUUCAAUUACCGUAUUGACAUGGAAAACGAACUUGUCCGAGAUUACAUUAAGAACGAAAAAUGGCCUCAGCUAUCAGAAGGAGAUCAGUUGCUGUUCAGUAAAAAGCACGGGAAAUGCUUCCAGGAGUAUUCCGAAGCGCCGGUAUUAUUUGCUCCAACUUACAAAUACGAUCCCUUGUCGGAUGAUUACGACACUAGCGAAAAAUUCCGCUGCCCUGCUUGGACAGACCGGGUUCUAGUGAGAGGACGGAAAUUUGGUGAUAUGGAGUGGAAUGAUUUUAACAUUGUGUAUUACGGACGCAUGGAAAUCCGCACAUCGGACCACCGACCUGUAAGCGCUCUGGUUGAGGUGGACGUUCAUGUGACUGAUGCGCAUAAAUGCGAAGAGGUGCUGAAUGACAUACUGGAUCAUCUGGGGCCAUCUGAUGGAACGGUUUUAGUCAGCUUGGAAGAUCCAGAUGCCAUUUACGCACCGGAAAUGUACCAACAAAUCACCAGUAUUUUGGCUUCGUUGGGAGAAAUUUUGAUGAUCCGAUACAGCGGAUCAAAUCUGUGCAUAACUUUCUCCACUGGACAUAGUGCCUUGUCGGCGCUGAAUUAUGACGGGACAGAUAUCUUUGGCAAACGUUUAUCCGUGAAAUUGCGAUUAGAAGACUGGCGAUCUGUCCUGGAUUUGGUUGUUAACCUUUCUAAGCAUACAGCCACAGCGCUGUGUGAUACGGGUGAACCGUUACUACUGGACGAAAACGAAAUAGCAAUGCGGGUUCCCAUGAGCCAUCCUUCGACGAGUGGACUAAAUGAUUUGGAUUUGCUGACUGGCGAGGAAGGAAAGGAUGGCAAAGACUUUGCUGGAUCAGUAGUGAAUAUGGCCACUUCGGAAGCGGCGGAUUUAGAAACGGCCAGUCUGCAUAGCAAUGGAUCCGAUAACGUUGGGGCUGUGACACCACCGAUCGUUCUCCAAAAAGUGGCGCCACCGCGUCCUCCCCCGGCUCGUCCGCCACCAGCUAAAAUUGCCCCGAAACAGGUUGCUGUGGAUCCUUGGGCUGCUGAUCCUGUUCCGCAACCCGUGGUGGAAAUGCCAACCAAAUCAGUCCCGACUUAUGAUCAGCCAUUUAUUGACCCAUGGGCUGCUGCUGAUCAAGAAGCACAAUCUGUUACUGAGAUUCCUUUCGUUCAACCAGCUGUUGCUGUUCAACCGGAAAUACUGGUAGCCACCGCGCUUCCGGAAUGGCCUGCCGAAAGUCAAGUAAGUGGCUCGACUGCCGAGAACGCAAACGGCUUGGUUAGAAAUGCAGAAAGUGGUCCCGCUGAAAACGAAUUCGCGGUACCGCCUAGUUCAGUCGGUAGCCUUCCGUCUGGUCCACCACCGCCUCCGCCACGGAGAAGAGUAGGACAAAAAUUGCCAGAUUCGUUAAUUAAGUUAGGGAAAUGAGCGCGCUAUUCGGAACUUGUUGCCGGUGAAGUUAUUGUGAUUGUCUGCCCGGUGGUUAUAAUAAGAAGUGAUAGUCUGUCUUAAUAGCAGUUAUGAUUGUCUACGUCGUUUUUUUCCAUUUUAGAUGGUUAUGUUUUUUGCUCUGUUUGAUUGUAAGGAAAUGAUCUCAAGCUAUGUUUCGUUGGUUCGAAAUUUGUUUCAACUGUGUUAGAAAUGUAAAAUUAUUAUUACUCCUAUUUCUUUUGUCAGCCGUAUUGAUUGGAUUUAGCUGCCGUAAUUAAAUCAACGAUGAACUG